AGCGAUGCGCGCGAGCGGCGGCGCGAGCCCACGACCCGCACCACCGGAGCGCUCCGCCUCUCCGACCACCACCACCACCAGCACCGCCACCAAACUACCAGUACGCGCCUCCUGCUCCUCCUCCCUCGCCAUGCCGCCCCCUCGCCUCGCCCACCUCCGCCGCCUCCUCUCCCUCCACUCCCCGCCUCCCCACCCGCUCGCCCCCAGCCCCGUCCGCCCCCUCCCGCUCCUCCUCCCCCGCGCCAUGGCCGGCGCCGCACACGCAGGUGUGGCGACGGGGUCGGCGGAGUACGAGGAGGUGCUUCGGUGCCUCUCGUCGCUCAUCACGCAGAAGGUGCGCGCGGACACGGGCAACCGCGGCAACCAGUGGGAGCUCAUGGCCAAGUACCUGCAGAUACUAGAGCUGGAGGAACCGAUCGCGCGGCUGAAGGUGGUUCACGUUGCGGGGACCAAAGGGAAGGGUUCGACAUGCACAUUUGCCGAGUCAAUCCUUCGGUCAUGUGGUUUCCGCACUGGACUGUUCACCUCUCCGCACUUGAUUGAUGUCCGUGAGCGGUUUCGGCUUGAUGGGCUGGACAUUUCAGAAGAAAAGUUUAUUAGGUAUUUCUGGUGGUGUUGGAACAAAUUGAAGGUCAAGACUGGUGAUGAUAUUCCAAUGCCAGCAUACUUUAGGUUCCUUGCACUGUUAGCAUUCAAGAUUUUUUCUGAUGAGCAGGUGGAUGUAGCUGUGCUCGAAGUGGGUUUGGGAGGGAAAUAUGAUGCAACGAAUGUGGUGAAAGCCCCUGUAGUUUGUGGGAUAUCUUCCCUUGGAUAUGAUCACAUGGAAAUUCUUGGAAAUACACUUGGAGAAAUUGCUAGGGAGAAGGCUGGAAUAUUGAAGAAAGGAAUUCCAGCCUAUACAGUUCCACAACCAGCAGAGGCAAUGUCUGUACUGAAGCAGAGAGCUUCUGAAUUGGGUGUUUCUAUCCGAGUAGUCCCACCUUUGGACCCACGACAAUUAGAAGAUCAACCUCUUGGACUGCAUGGUGAGCACCAAUACAUGAAUGCAGGCCUUGCAGUUGCACUGGCUAAUACCUGGCUUGAGAAGCAAGGACAUUUGGACAGAAUACAUGUCAAAGAUCAUGGUACCUUGCCAGAUCAGUUCAUCAAAGGGCUAUCAAUUGCUUGUUUGCACGGCAGAGCACAGAUUGUCCCGGAUCCACAAGUGAACUCAGAAUGUAAGGAUACAAGUUGUCCCCUAGUUUUCUAUUUGGAUGGGGCACAUAGCCCAGAAAGUAUGGAAAUAUGCGCAAAGUGGUUUACCCAUGUUACAGAAAAGGAUAUAACACAACCAGGUCCUUUGGAGCAGCCUCGCAGUAGCAGCAAAUCUAAGAAGUUUCUCCUGUUCAAUUGCAUGUCUGUAAGAGAUCCUCAGAGAUUGCUUCCACGUCUUCUAGAUACAUGCGCUCAAAAAGGUCUUCACUUUGAUCAGGCCUUAUUUGUGCCAAACGAAUCGCAGUACACCAAGCUUGGUUCCCAUGCAUCACCACCUUCAGGGCGAGAGCAGAUUGAUUUGUCAUGGCAAUUGUCGCUCCAAACGGUUUGGGAAAACCUACUUCAUGGAGAGAAAGGUCUAAAUGGCCCAAGUUCAAGCGGGACUAGUUUAGUUUUUGAAUCCCUUCCAUCGGCAAUUAAAUGGCUAAGGAAAACUUCUCGAGAAAACCAAUCUACUUCAUGCCAGGUCUUGGUUACUGGCUCCCUGCAUCUUGUUGGUGAUGUCUUAAGAUUGAUCAAGACCUGAUUCUCCCUGCAGCUCGUUGGUGAUGUCUUAAGAUUGCUCAAGAAGUAAAUUUAGUUGGAAUACAUAGUUCAGACUGAAGUGUCUGCUUACUACAGCAUCAUACACUGAAGCCUAUUGUUAUUUAUAAUUGGCAUCUGAAUGGGAUACUUGAAGGGUCUUCUUAGAUAUGGACUAGCGCAAACAUGUUGUACUGCUUCAUUUUGUGUUUCUGUCUUAGGCAAUUGUACGCCACUGUAGCCUACUUUUGUUCACAUGUUGAGUUGUUGUCACCCAAUUUUGGAAUGUACAAACAACAAAUGAUGUGAUAUGAACCUUGCCAUUUUUCAAA